GCAAGAUGCCCAGCUUCAACAUAGUUCUGCUUUUUUGUGUCCUUAUAUGUCUUGGACAAGAAGGACUUGGGAAUGAAAUUAUACAUGGGAAAAAGGCCAAGAAAAAAACCUUGCUGUACAUGGCAUCGGUGCAGAGUAAAGGAAAACAUAAAUGUGGGGGAUUUCUGAUCAACGAGGAGUUUGUCGUCACUGCUGCCCACUGUGAUAUGAAAAAUAUGACUGUUGUUCUGGGUACCCACGACCUCAGGAGAGUUGAUGACAAAACCAUGAGAUACCGAGUACAGAAAUGCAAACACCCUUCCUACAAUGAUGACACAUUGGAGAACGACAUCAUGCUCCUCAAAUUGUCCAGGAAAGCUGAGCUAAGCAAAACAAUGGCAACAAUUCCAAUUCCAAGCAAGAGCACUUACAUCAAAGCAAAGACAAAGUGCCGUGUAGCCGGGAGGGGAAUCAGUAAACCCGGUAGUAGAGAAACUGUUGAUGAGCUGCGAGUGGUGGACGUUUCUACCAUUGAUCUGAAAGUCUGUGAGAAGGAAUGGCGCAUAAUUCCUGCCAAUGUCAUCUGUGCAGGUGGAUACAAGACCAAAAAGGGAUUUUGUCAGGGUGAUUCUGGUGGUCCUCUGGUGUGCAAGGGGGAGGCAGUCGGCAUUGUCUCUUUCAACGAAAAAAAUAACUGCACAUACCCGUCUCUGCCCAACGUCUACACCGAGAUAUCAAAAUUCCUACCCUGGGUUAAUGACAUUCUGCAGAAAAAAUCAUGCUAGAUGUAAUGGUCUUCUCUAAGAUCUUUUUCUUCAAAAUGUUUUACUUUUCUGUUAUCUGUUAUAGUUGUAGAGGUGUGAUUGAGCAGAUCUGAUCAUGUUUCUUCCUCAGUCAAAAUGCAUAAUAAA